AUGCCGCAACCAUUGAACUCCAAGGACCAGUCCUUGUUUCGUCAAGUGGUUCGCAACUUUGAGCUGAAGCAAUACAAGAAAGGUGCCCCCCGCCCGCCCCUCUCAGUCGUCCGCCGCAUUAAAACGGCGGAUCAGGUCCUUCGCAAGAACCCCAAGCAUGGCGAUACGCAGGCGAUGAAGGCUCUGAUCAUGAGCCACCUGGGUCAGUCGGAGGAGGCAUUCGCGCUGGCGAAGGAGGCCUUGCGGAACGAUAUGAAGUCGCACAUCUGCUGGCACGUGUACGGUCUCCUAUACCGGCAAGAGAAGAACUAUGAGGAAGCGAUCAAGGCCUACCGCUUUGCCUUGCGACUUGAACCUGAGUCCCAGCCCAUCCAACGGGAUCUGGCCCUCCUCCAGAUGCAGAUGCGCGAUUUCCAGGGAUACAUCCAGAGUCGCAGUUCCAUGCUCCAAGCGCGCCCCGGAUUCCGACAGAACUGGACUGCGCUGGCAAUUGCUCAUCACUUGGCCGGAGAUCUGGCCGAGGCCGAGAAGGUUCUGACCACGUACGAGGACACUUUGAAGGAUCUUCCCCACGUGGCCGACAUGGAGCACUCCGAGGCCUGCCUUUACAAGAACACAAUUAUCGCGGAAUCUGGAGACCUGGAGCGUGCUUUGGAGCAUCUGGAGAAGAUUGGAUACCGGUGCACUGAUGUGCUCGCGGUUAUGGAGAUGAAGGCAGACUACCUCCUGCGCCUUGGCCGCAAGUCCGAGGCCGAGCAGGCAUACACCGCUCUUCUGGAACGUAACCCAGAGAACUCAAUUUAUUACAAUGGCUUGAUUCAGGCUAAGGGCAUUCCGGAAUAUGAUCACAAGGCUCUGAAGGCCCUGUAUGAUGAGUGGGUGGAGAAGAACCCUCGCGGCGACGCCGCUCGUCGCAUUCCCUUGGAUUUCCUGGAGGGAGAAGACUUUAAGCAGGCUGCCGAUGCAUACCUGCAGCGAAUGCUGAAGAAGGGUGUCCCAUCGCUUUUCGCAAACAUCAAGCUUCUGUACACCAACUCCGCCAAGCGCGAUACAGUGCAGACCCUGGUGGAGGGAUACGCCUCCAAUCAGGCGGGCUCGCAGGCGAACGGCUCUGCUGAGGGCAAGGUCGAUAGCAAUGAGUUCCUAGCUUCAUCCUACUACUUCUUGGCUCAGCACUACAACUAUCACCUUAGCCGCAAUCUUCCCAAGGCCCUGGAAAACGUCGAAAAGGCCAUCAAGCUCUCCCCGAAGGCCGUUGAGUACCAAAUGACCAAGGCCCGCGUCUGGAAGCACUACGGAAACCCCCAGAAGGCGGCAGAGGAAAUGGAGAAGGCUCGCCUCCUGGACGAGAAGGAUAGGUACAUCAACACCAAGUCUGCCAAGUACCAGCUCCGAAACAAUGAGAAUGAGCUUGCCCUCGACCUUAUGAGCAAGUUUACCCGCAACGAAACCGUCGGUGGAACACUGGGUGAUCUGCACGAGAUGCAGUGUGUGUGGUUCUUGACAGAGGAUGGCGAAGCGUUCCUGCGCCAGAACAAGCUAGGCCUUGCUCUCAAGCGUUUUCACUCAGUCUACAACAUUUUCGAUACCUGGCAUGAAGAUCAAUUUGACUUCCACGGCUUUUCCCUUAGAAAGGGAAUGGUCAGAGCCUACGUUGAUAUGAUUCGCUGGGAAGAUCGCCUCCGCGAGCACCCCUUCUAUGUCAGAAUGGCACUUGGCGCCAUCAAGGCAUACCUGCUCCUCAAUGAUCAGCCAGACCUCGCGCAUGGCCCUAUUCCCAGUGGUCCUACUGGCAUUGAUGGCUCCGAGGAAGAGCGUAAGAAGGCUCUCAAGAAAGCCAAGAAGGAACAGCAACGCCUGGAGAAGAUUGAGGCCGACAAGCGUGAGGCAAGGAAGGCAGCAGCAGCAAAUGCUAAGAGCGUGGACGGAGAAGUCAAGAAGGAGGACACUGAUCCUCUCGGCAAUACCUUGGUUCAAACCAAGGACCCGCUCAAGGACGUCAUGAAGUUUUUGACGCCGCUGCUCAACCUCAGCGCGCAGAACAUUGAGGCCCAAUGCCUCGGUUUCGAGCUAACAACAUCAAAAGACAAGCAUCUGCUUGCCUUGAAGUGCCUCUCCGCCGCUCACGCUAUUGAUCCAUCCAACCCCAGUCUCCACCUUAACCUUCUACAAUUCCGCAAGGCGCUUGACACCCUCUCCGAGCCCCUCCCCGCUGAGACUGCCGAGGUUGUCAAUGCAGAGUUUGAGAAGUUGCUUCCCAAGUCUCAGAAACUCGAGGACUGGAACGAGUCUUUCCUGUCAGCAAACAAGGAAAGCAUUGCACACGUUCACGCUGCUUUGUCAAGCCGUCAGCUUCUGAGCCCUGAUUCGAAGGCCCGGAAUGAAAAGGACCUCCAGGCCACCCUGGACUCUUCCAAGAUAACCCUCGAGGAAGCUGUGUUAGGCCGUGAUUUGCUGAACAAGUGGGGAAGUGACAAAACCAUGUACGCCGAGAAGGCGAGCAAGAAGUGGCCCGAGUCUUCGGUCUUCCGGUUGGAGUGA